AGGUUCGAUUCGCCCGCUAAGUAUCGUCCAAGUUCACCUCCGCAGCGAUCGCCUGUGAUACUCUCCAUUUCUAUGGCCUUGCCUCAACAUGGCUAUGACCUAUUAUGACCUGCUGGGCAUCCCCAAGUGCGCGACUCCUGAUGAAGUCCGGUUGGGAUUCAAGAGGAAAGCUCUUACCACGCACCCUGACAAGCUGAGCCCCGAUGCGAGUGCUGGCGAGAGGAAGGCCGCGGAGACGAAGUUCCGGAAUCUCCACGAAGCCUUCGAGACGCUGAGCGAUCCAAUGAAGCGCAGGGCAUAUGACAUGCGCCUUGAAGCCGCUGCUCGGUUCCUCAGAACUGGCCGUGAACGGGAAUUCGACGCUACAUACGCGGAGCACCUGAAAGCCUCGGCUGAGCGUCUGAAUGUCACCGUCCAGAAUAUAAACAAGUCGACGGAGAAGUUGGGUGGGCUGGUCGAGGACCUGCUGAAGAGCCUGCGGGAGGCAAAUCCGGAGUGGGAAGCGAGGAGGCAGGAAGCAUUGAGGCGGAGACAGGCGCAAGCCGCACGACCGUCCCCGACGCCGAGUCCGCAAGUAUAAACAACGUUGCUGCGCAAUGUAUUCUUUCGUCUUCUUGAUUGCUUUCAUGUGAUGAUGUGAUAGUUGGGACCUACGGUCGCCAAAAUUGGACAUACACACCUGACAUCCGCUAGCUCCAUGUUGUACCGC